AGUACAUUUAAUCCUUCUUCCUGUAAGAGAAAGUUAUUCAAUUUGAGGCUAUCCAUCAAUAAAUGCAUUGCCCUUCCUCUCCAUUUUUGAAAUCUGAUUCUCUGGAUGCAAAAUUUAUUUCUACUACAGUACUCCACUUUCAUAGUUCAUCUCUCUCUCUCUCUCUCUCACACACACACACAGACUGACCUGUAGAGCUCAAUCCAAACACUCAACUCAAAAAUCUUGACAAGAUCUUUGGUAGAUUCUUCAAAAAAGAUGAUUAAGAGAUGAGGAUCUUUCAGUUUUCACAAAAUUCAGAAAAAAAUAUGGAUGGGAAAAUGUUUGUUUCUAACUAUGAAAGACCUUACAGCUUUUACACUCGGCCACCUCUCCCCCCACCACCACCGCCACCACAAACUCCGGCCACCACCAGCCGCCAAUCACACGUGUUCAAUCUGAACUACAAGGUGAGUCCAACUGUUCUACUCAUCAUCAUAAUUCUUGCUAUCAUCUUCUUCCUUUCUGGGUUGAUUCAUCUUCUUGUUAGAUACCUUAUGAGGCCCGUUGAUAGAGAUCCAGAUGAGUUUGAUAAUGUGACUGCACUUCAAGGCCAGUUACAACAACUGUUUCAUCUCCAUGACUCAGGUGUUGACCAGUCUUUCAUUGACACAUUGCCUGUUUUCAGUUACAAAUCUAUUACUGGUGUGAAAGAUCCUUUUGAUUGUGCUGUGUGUUUGUGUGAGUUUAGAGGUGAAGAUAAGCUUAGGUUAUUGCCAAAGUGUAGUCAUGCUUUUCAUAUGGAUUGUAUUGAUACAUGGUUAUUGUCUCACUCCACUUGUCCUCUUUGUAGAGGUAGUUUGCUUUCUGAUUUUACUCCAAAUAAUACUUGUUCACCAAUUGUGCUUGUUCUUGAAUCUGGGAGUGUUGAGACUUCUAGAGAAAGUGUUAGUUCUGAUCCUCCAAAUAGUUCAUCAAUCCAAAGAGUGAAUUCCCAUUUGAGUAAUAAAGAUUUUGAAGUUGAUAAGGGUGAGGUGGUGAAAGAAGAUGAUGAUAAGGAGAAAGUUGUUACUAUUAAGCUUGGGAAGUACAAGAAUGUGGAUGGUGGUGGUGAGAGUAGUAGUGAGCAAACAAUUGAUGGGAGGAGGUGUUUUUCAAUGGGGUCUUUUGAGUAUGUAAUGAAUGAGAAUUCAAAUUUACAAGUACCAAUUAGGACCCAAAUGAAGAAACAAGCAAGCAAGAAGUCUUCUCUUCCAAUCACUCCAUCUCACCGCCCUGCAAUGUCCGAAUGUGGUGGUGAUUCUAGGAUAGAUUUCAAAGGAAUUGAAGUUCUUGGUGGUGGUAGCAGCGGAGGUGGUGGUGGAAAUGGGAAGAGCAAGAGGGAGAGUUUUUCGGUGUCCAAGAUUUGGCUUAGAGGGAAGAAACAAAAGGCAAACUCAACGAUAGGCGCCGCGAUCGGGAGGUCAUCAAGAGGGUCUUUCUCAUUCCGUUUUGAUGGAUCGAAGGAACAUAUAAGGGCUAGUUCUGAAAUGGAUAUUGGGAGGUGGGAUGAUGAUCAAGAAAUGCAAAUGCGUCAAUGGUUGGAUCCACCACAACUAGAAGCAUCAAAUCCACCAUCUUUUGCAAGGAGGAGUUUAUUUUGCCUUAUGGGUUGGCAACAAAUCAAGGUGGUUCAUUCAUCGUCUUCAACAAAUGUUUAAUUGUCUCCUCCCUCCAGAUGUACCUUUUUGAUAUUCUUAUGGAUUUUCUCCAACUUUAGAGGAGAUUAGAUUAUGAUUAAAAAGAAAAGAAGCAUAAAGAAAUUAUGACAAAUUCAUCUCAAUACACAUUUACUGUUUUACAUA